CAGCUUUUACAUCUGGCGGGUAUUCAAGCACGGGCCCUUAUUUAUUUUUAUGUUCUGUUCACACGGGCGGCUAUUCAAACAGGCCCUUAAUCAAGAUCGGGCGGUAAAACGAGCAUAUACGGUAUACUGUAACAGUAUUGAAAUCUCUCAAACAAUUUGAACUUUAUUAAAUAACAAAUUAAGUAUGUUCAUUUGAAGUAAAUUUUUGUUCUCCCUUCUUGAAUUCCAGAUAUGUGAUUGUAAAUUGAACAUUGCCUACUACCUCUUAGUAAAAAGAAAAAUGAUAACUGUAUUUCAUGGAUGUGACAUGGUUUAAGGUCAAUACUCGCUCAUUCAACACUCAUUCUGUUGCCUUUUUUCAUGCAAAUUGAGAGCUUUGAUUUUUUUUUCCAAAGCCUGAAUUGGUUGUUUUUCAUCAUUUUGAAAUCAGAUUCUUACUUUUUUAAAAUCUCGCUCACCUUAUAUUAUUGCAUAAAAUGUUGAUAUCAUUUUGAUCAAUAGUUUUUGCUACCCAUCAUGAAGUUAACUAAUUUUGAAAUUGAAUUAUGCCCGUUCUUAUACACUUUAAUAUGAAAUAUUAAAAUUCAUGCAGUUUUCUAUUAGACUUUCCAUAACAAGUCCUAUGCAAUGUUAUCUUAACAUACUUGUAUGCAUAUUUCCAUAACAUUUUCACAAAGAUUGAAAUUUCACUGAAUUGUAUAUUUGUAUUGCCAACAGAUUUGUUCAAACCAAAAUUGUGUUCAAACCAGUGCGUUCUUCAAUUUAAACGGCCUUUAUCAAAAAAUAACGUUAAAAUAUAUAUAUAUUUUAUCAGUGUUGCUAUUUCAUAAUAUUUUCUGCGUUUUCAGUGGAGCAACAGAUUUGUAUACAUAAUCUGCUAGGCUGAAAUAUGACAUUAAUUAUAUGGGGUAAAGUAAUCUGUGUAACAAUUUAUCACAUGAACCCAGAAAAUUUUGGCUAUAGUUUUGGCUUGAUGGCAGAACUAUAAAUUUUUUAAAAAACAAGCCUAUUUUACAUAACAUUUUAUGUAAUUAGCAUUAAAAUGUAUAGGCAAUUGCUUGAUUUAACUGAUUUUCUGCCUAUCUCUGAUUUUUUCUUUAAUUGAGCCAACAUUUCUGGCAGUGCUUUUGAAUUCAAAUGUUUAUGAUUGUUUGUCUUUUGAUUCUCAAUGUUAACUGUUUUUAUAUAUAAGAUGAAUGUACAGUGAUACCUCGGUAGUCGAAGAACUCGAUACUGUUAAUAAUUUGGUAGUAGGCUAAAAAAUUCUAGUCAAAAAUGCUGAGGUACUCGAACGUAAAUUCGGUGCUCGAACACCAGAGCAUGGGGCCGAGUGAGAUGACGUCUCCCAAUCCGCGCAUCUCGGCCGCUUCUUGACCAUUCAACAAGAGAGCGAUGCUCGAAUAUAUGGAUGCGAAGGCCAAAACGUAGUAGGAUGUGUAUGUAGUCUGUUACGGUAGUCAAACACCAGUCCUGAACGAAUUAUGUUCGACGACCGAGGUAUCACUGUCUUUUGAUUUGAAAAGCUGAUAUUUUCAUAUAUUAGAGUGCAUAUACUAUUGACAAGAGAUGUGAUUAUUUCGUUGUAUUUUUUCAACUAUAAUGUGCUUGUAAUGUUUCUUCACAUUAUGUUCAGCUUACUGUUUUAAAGCUUAUGCUGUCAUUCAACAUAAUAGCACUAUAGGUAUGAGUAAAUGCCUGUCAAGAUCACUUUUCAGAGCAAACACACCUUAUAAAGGGUGUACAAUGUUAUAAGUAAUAGAAUCGGUAGUUUAUUUUCCCCCAUAAUGGAAAUGCAUGCUGCAUAUACAGAAUGCAAAAUUGGAACUGAAAAAAAUAAUACUGAUUAUCGUGCAGUGACACUCCUGAUGAAGACUAACAAUAGUUAACACAAUGGUAAUAGAAAAAAGUUGAACAUCGACAUUGAAAACAAGUAAUUUUGUAAUGUCGAUUGUAAUUUACCAAUGAAUAUUGCCAUUAUUGACUAAUAGGAAAUACUUGUUUAUUGCCAUUUACUGGUAAACAUGCAGUUUUGCAUUUCUUGAACACCAGUUGAUCAUCAUUGGUAAAUUGUAACGCUCAUUUUAUAUGCAAAACCUGAUUAUAUGAAGUAAUAUAGGAAUUUAUGAUGUGUUUAUCCUCUGGCUAUUACUUUUUGUACUCCAAAUAUUUCUUGAUUGGAAUAAUUUUAUUCAUGUCCAGUUAUGUCUGUUUUACCAUAAACAUGAUUUUUGUUGUUGUGAUAUAAUAGUAAAUUUGCCUUGUAUGUGGACGAAUAUUGCAUUUCGUAAUAUACCAUCUUUCAUACUUAAUGGUAAACUAGUUAUUAUUGUUAUAAAACGAUCAUUCUUAAUAUAUUGUGCAAUAUUGUUGAAAAACUUCCAGAAGUGAAUUUUUAAACUUUUUGUCUGUAUGUCCCCGAGUUGUCGGAAAAUACCAUUUGUUCAAAAAUUGACAAAGAGAAACCUUUUCAAAAUAUCCUUCAUUGUCUGUUUUUUUGUAACUUUGAGCAUAGAAAUCCAGUUAUAAGUUCAAUGCUCAUCAGUUUUUGCAACCUCCAGAAAUAUGUAGAAAAUUGUGGAAACUUUUUAUCAGUGUCUCUUUAAACAAUCGAUUAUGCAAUCAAGUAUGCAUUGUACUGGAAUGUUAAGUGAUUGAUUGGAAGCAAUCUAAAGUAAAAAUGUGUCAAAGAUUCAAAUCAAAAUUGGCUAUUAUUUUUCAAAGUCUUUAAUAUUAUAUUAUGGGUCAGGUUGAAAUUUUUCACAAACCUUCCAAUGAAAAGUUUCUUUGUCAGCAUUCAUCAUAUUCAAUUUUGAUGUUAUUGCAGUAAUGUUUCCGUCAUUAGGAUAAUUGUCCCAAAUACUAUUAUUGUGAGUGGUGUCAGAAUUAUUAUCGACAUAUUGAUCAUUCCAUAUCAUCUUGCUUUGUAUACAAUAAUGACUAUGCCAUUUUCGUUAAUAAAUAAAAUUUAUUGAAUCCAGCCAUUUUAUUUGUGCAAUUCGUGCCUUGUGUAAUAUAAUUGUUGUCGUUCUGGAAACAAAAAGAUUGACUUCAUCCUAUUUGUCAUUUUUUUCAAAUGUUUCUGUAUGAGAAUUAUUUUUGAAAAUUUUUUUUUGUGUUGUUUCCAUUUUUAAAAUCAUGAUUUUUCAUUGUAUACAUUUAAAUAUUGAUUAUUGCUAUUUAAAAUAUUUCACUUGUAUUUCUAUACCCAGGUAUAUUUCAUAAAGUCCGUAUAUAAGUAAGGUUUUGUCAUGGCGGAGAAAUACAGCAGAAGUGUGCUGAGAGUUGUUAUAGCUCAGCUUAGUCAAGCUGUUGGAUUUGAUUCAAUUCAAUCAUCUUCUCUUGACAUUCUCACCAAUGUGUUGGAACAAUAUUUACUUGUUUUAUCAAAGUCUGUUCAUGAUUUUAGUGAACAAUGUUGUCAGACGAAACCGAACUUAUUGGAUGUAGAAUUUGCAUUAAAAAGAAUGCAUGUUGCUAUUCCUGAUUUAGUCGAGUACAUGCAACAAAUGGAGCCGGUUGCUUUCCCACAAAAGGUGCCAAUGUUCCCUGCACCAAAAGAUUCAAAUUUACAAUUUCCUUCUGGUAAUAAUCCUGAAGAUUUUGACAGAGCGGAACAUAUUCCUCUUUACAUGCCUUCAAUGAUUGUUGCACCACCAAAACCAACUGUUGAAACUGAAGAAAAUGAUUUACCUGAAAGUCAAAAAAGUAAGAAAGCAACAUUUGUUAUUGCUGGCAAAGCACAAGGCUCUUCUUCUGAUGAAGAUGAUUAUUCUGCAGGUGAGGCAUCGGAUGAAGAAUACAUGUCCGAUGAUUCCCUAUCACAUAACCCAGUGAAGUCUCGUCAUUUGACAAAACCAGAAGACAUUCCUACAAUUGAAGGUACUGCACCAAGUAGUAUGAUGUCUGAAUGGGAUGAGCUGCGUGGUAGCAUGUCUCCAACAAGACGAAGUAGUUUUGAAACGGCGAGUGAAUUACAUGAACGACCUGCAGUAAAAGGGAAAAAGAGUUUCGAUGAGUCACAUAAUUACACACCAUCUCAUAAAACGAGUAAACCUUUUCAAGACUUGCCAUGGUUGAGCCCUGAUAAACCCACUCCAGAAAAGCGUCAUGUGCCAUCCACGAGCUCAAGUGUGCGUAAGAAUUCUUGGGCGUCCAAAACUACAAAAUCUGAAGACCCAAAAUGGCUGUCUGGGAAGAAAAAAACUGCGGAUGUGUAUGAUGCUGACUGGUUGCAAGGUGAAACUGCAUCUACUGUCCAUUUAUCUAAACAACACACACCAGAUUUAUCACUUGGAAGCUCCACGGUGGAAAAGAAAUCAUGGUUAAGUAAGGAUAAAGAUUAUUCUUCUACACCUAGUAACAAGGGCACACCAAGCUCAAAAAAGCUGAUGACUCCUCAAAGUGGAAAGCAAAGAUUGACUUCGACUCCAAGCAGUUCUUCAAGCCACAAACAUUUUUCGAAACAAGGUAUUGACCGAAAAUCAUCUCAUCACAAACCAUAUAAACCAUUCAAACAUUCAUCAUCUAGCAAGAAAGCUGACCUAGGGGACGAGCCUAUAAAAGCUAAGAUUGAGGCGGCAGAAAGACUUAUCCAGGGUCCUCCUGUACCUGCUUACAAACCUCAAACUCCAAAAUCAAUAAAACGUGAGCCUGGUCUGCAAUCACCUCCUAAGUCUCCAGUGCGAUCUAGCAUUGAACGAGCUGAAAAACUACUCAAGCAUCCUGUUGAGAAUUUAAAUUUUCCUCCUCCAAGUGAAGCCUCUCCUGCAAUCAAACAAGAGAAGCUUUUUCCUGGCAAGAGUCUCGAAGAUAAAGAUCGCUCCAACUUUGCAUCUUAUAAAUCUAUGGAUGAUGCAAUUGAUGCUGUUAUCAAUAGAGCUUCAGAAGAAACUGUAAAGAAAGAUGAGCAGGCUAAAAAAGAUGCGGAGGAAGCAGAUUUAAUGAGAUUCUCUCAUCUUGUAGAGGAUUCUAGUUCAUCAGAUUCUGAUGCGGAUGUUUCUCAUAAAGUGGAACAAAUGUUGCAACUGGAAGAAAGAGGACUGAGAGAUGCACAUCCUCCUACUCCAGGAUCAUCUCCCAUUCCCACUCCGUCAUCCGCAGAAACUCCACAAUCUCUUGACAUAGAUGAUGAGGAUGAAGAUGUUAUCGUUGAUUCUGAUUCAGAUGAAUCAAUACCAUUACCACCAAAAAUUUCACCCGUCAGUGAGAAGUCAAAAUCCAAACAUGAAAAACAUAGUAAAAAAGAGAAGCACAAAAAGAAAAUGAAACGAACAGAUGAUGGAAGCAGUAAAUCCUCACACAAAUCGCAUUCAAAAUCUAAAAAAGAUAAACACAUUCAUAAACCAGCAUCUUUCGUAACCACAGAAACAAUAUCUGAAAAAUCAGUUAAAAUGAAAGUUAAACUAAAACAUUUGAAACACCCUGAACCUAAACUUUUUGACGUCGAUCAAGAUUUGUUUAAAGCUGACAUGAAACAAACACCAAAACCAUUUAAAGAAGAGAAACAUAAAUUUAAAGAAGGCAAGCAUCAUAAGACAAAAGAACAUAAAAAGCAUUCGACACCGAAAUUAUCGGAAGUUAAACAAUCUUCUGGUGAACACGAUAUGUCAGUGGAAAAAAUAAUUCUGAAGAAGUCAAAGAGCGGAGAUGCAAAAGUAGUCAAACCCAAAGUGAAAGAACACGCAAGGUCACCUUCACCACCAUCUCCGGUGAUUAGUCGAAAUUUACCAUUGCCAAAACUUUCUGCUGCAGUUCCCGUCAUGAAUGUUACAGCAACAAUCAAAGAAAAGGAAAAGAAGAAAUCUAAGAAAGAGAAAAAGAAGAAGAAAGAUAGAGAUAAGGACAAAGAUAUUGAUAUUGGAUGGUCACAUGAUAAAGAAAUAAGAAGGGAAAGCAAAGAAAGAAGUCAUCAUAGAGAAAAAUUUAAAGAUCCUGAGAAAGACGUCGCUAUAUCGUUAAGACGUGAUUCUUUUGAUUCUGAUGCUCCUUCCCCAAUGGUACCAAAACUAACAUUAAAAAUGGGAGCAAGUGAGAAAAAAUUUGUUAUUAAGCAAGGUGGCAAUUCUAGUGUCAAAUCUAGUACCAAAAAACGGUCACAUUCUUCUAUUGGCGACAGCCCAAUUCCUGCCAAAGAACGAAAGGUGUCUGUAGAAAGUGUAAAAACUGUUUCAGAGAGUUUUGCAGCUGCUGUUGAAAGAAAAGUUAUCACUCAAACGAUAAGUGCUGGCCCAGCUCCGGCUCCACUCGGUGUAUAUGAAGACGAAGAUGGGAAUAAGGUAUGGAUUUGCCCAGGAUGUAAUAAGCCUGAUGAUGGUAGCCCAAUGAUUGGAUGUGAUACAUGUGACGAUUGGUAUCAUUGGCCUUGUGUUAACAUCAAAAAAGAACCUCCUGAUGAUGUGGAUUGGUAUUGUCCAAGAUGUAUCAAACGACAACAGCUAAGUAAACUGAAAGGAUCUGCUAAAAAACGUAAAAAGAAAUGAAAUUGAAUAAUAUUGGGCGAUGGGAUCUGAUUGAUGUGGCACUGCAAGGCUGUUUUUGCGGAUAUUUGAACAAGGAAUAAGUUUGGCUCCAUGAGACCUGUAAUAUACCAACAAAUCGACAUGUGAAUAACUUAUAUGACGAGUGAUGACCAUGCAUUGUCCCGUUUUUUCCGAAUUAUGAAAUGAUUUUGAAGGUUAAGACUGGCAAUAGCACCAUCUGUUAGCCCCGUGCUUUGCUUAAUUAAAUGACUGUCAUUCUAUCUUUGUUAUGCUUGUGAAAGAUAUUUUGCUAAGAAAGCUUCGAUCAUAUAUUGCAUUUUUGCAUGGUUAUUUCAUUGCCCAGAUUUGAAGAAAAGUGACAGAA